AUGACUGAAACUUCUAUCAACUGCAGCCUGAGCCUGGUGUCUCAGUGUGCAGGACCAGCCGGCGUGCAGCCUGUGCAGAUGGCCAAAAUGGUUGCCCCGCUCCAGCCAGCCCGGCCGCCGGGUUCGCAAGAGAGCGCCGGCGGCGCCAGCAGGGGCCUGAGAAGCCGCGGGGGCUUCUCCCCCUCGCCGCACGUGGUGGGAACCCGGACCGGGAGUCUUCCGCCACGGGCAUCUCCACGCGCGCACGUGGCGCGCCUCCGCAUCUUCCACUUUGGGGGAGGUAAAGAGAGCGACGCACCCCACCCCACCCCCCAGGACCCGCCCCGCGCCUCGGGCAGAGGGAGAGGUCGGGCCCGGCACGCGGCUGGCUCGAAGGCGCUCGCCGCAGCCGGCCAGGGCCAGACCCGGGGGCGCCGGCGUCGUGCCCAGGCGCGCGUUUCCUGCCCGCUCGGCCCGGGGGAGGAACAACAAGCGCUCAGUCCGGGAGGGUCGGCCCGAGAGCCCGGCGCGCCGCGGGGGCGGGACGGGGGGCAGCCCAGGGAGGGACGGAGGGACGGAGGCGCGCCGCCGCCGGCCGCGCUGCCCUCUCGGCCUCCCCCAGGCACGCCGGCCGGCCAGGGGCUGCAGCCGCCGCGUGGCGAUCCCGGGAAGCCCAGCGCCGCCGCCGCCGCCGCCGCCGCCUCUCCGGUCCGUGUCGCGCUUCCUCCUGCUCUUUCUGCUGCUUCGGCCCCACCAGCGCGGUGGUCCAGCGAGCUCGGCGUGGCCGACCCGGGCUGGCAGCAGCAGCGACUCUGCGGGGCUUCAGGAAGGCGUCUCCCCACCGCUGCCUGGAGACGCUGCCGGGGAUGGAGCCGGGACCUGGGGCUGCCCCGCCGCCGCCGCCGCCCCUCCCUGGCAGGGCAGCAGCGGAGGACGAGGCUCCCGCGCUUGCAAGCCGCGGCAGGGGCAGCCGUGGCCCGCCCACGCCGGCCUUCCAGGGGCCCCGUUGGAGCCGCGCUGCCGCCGCCGCCGCCCGCCUUGGCAGGGGCAGCUGAGCAGCUCGCAGAAGAAGCGGCUUCAGCUGGGAGAGGUUCGCUGCUGCUGCCCUGCAGCCUCCCCCCAAACCGGUGA